GACUGGUGGGACUUUGGCGGAGUGUGCCGAUCUGCGCAACGUCGGCCGGCAGUGGCCGGGUGGAGCCGGUCCCACAGCCUACGACUUCACGUCCCUGAUUUGCUGACAAGUGCUUUCCUGGACCCUGUGACAUCAUCCGCCAGCGUUCAUUGGGCGGCCCCGCGGUGGAGCCGGCGAUAGCCUCGACGACCGGGAGGGUCAGCCGAUAGCUCCAUCCGGACCUGGAGACUGUUGUUCUCAAUUAGGACUGUAAGAAGCGGUGACUGACUCUAGUUGUGAUUGCUUAUUAUCGUUCGUUUGAUACUUAUAUUGGGCGCUUGUCCUUGAGAUACCCCCGACCUUUACUUGAUUAGCUGUUCAACCUCGACUACGUCACUCGCAACUCAAAACUCAGUCCCCGCUUGCAUCAUCAUGACCUCUCGGUACCGUGUCGAAUAUGCCCUCAAGACUCACAGGCGAGAUCAGUUCAUAGAAUGGAUCAAGGGCCUGCUGGCGGUGCCAUUUGUACUCUACUCUCAGCCCCAAGGCGUCUUCGACGGACAAGGAAUGAGCGGUCUGGCCCAAACGCGUGAGGAGGCGCAUAGGAGAUACAGCGAAAUCCUCCGCGAUGUUGAGAUUAUGAUUGAUGACCACAUCGCCCACCAGAACGACGCCGAGAACCCCUUCCCAUCAAAGCUUAAGCUUCUAGUCCCCAGUAUUGGGCCAUUCUUCACUCGCCUUCCCCUGGAAGCUGCCUUUAAGUUCCAGGACCGCAAACGCUACAUCUCGUCCCGCCGCUUCGUUUCCCCUUCGUUCAACGAUGUCCGCCUAAUUCUAAACUCGGCCCAGAUGAUGGCCGUGACCACCUACGGCACCCUUCAGCUCGCAACAUUCGACGGUGAUGUAACCCUAUACGACGACGGGGAAAGCCUUGAACCUACAAGUCCGAUCGUUCCCCGGCUGAUCGACCUUCUCCGUAAAAACGUAAAGAUUGGCAUUGUCACCGCCGCAGGCUACACAACGGCCGACAAAUACUACGCCCGCCUGCACGGUCUUCUCGACACCCUAGCAAACACUGCCGAACUCACACCAGCCCAAAAGCAAUCCGUCAUCAUCAUGGGCGGCGAAGCCAACUACCUCUUCGAGUUCGACCCUUCCUCUCCACACCUCUUAUCCCCCGUGCCCCGUCACAAGUGGCUCACCCCGGAGAUGGCGACCUGGGAUGAGCGAGAUAUCAAGCAGGUUCUAGACGUUGCCGAGGCCGCGCUGCGCGACUGCAUCAAGACCCUAAAUCUCCCAGCCACGCUGAUGCGCAAGGACCGGGCCGUCGGGAUCAUCCCCAGCCCGCCCGAGACACGCAUCCCGAGGGAGUCGCUCGAGGAGACGGUGUUGGUGGUGCAGAAGAUCCUGGAGCUGAGCAAGGUGGGACGGAGCAGGCGCGUCCCCUUCUGCGCGUUCAACGGCGGACGCGAUGUGUUUGUCGACAUCGGCGACAAGAGCUGGGGCGUGACGGUCUGCCAGAGGUGGUUUGGCGCAUCUGUGCCGGGGGGUGCGAUCAAGGGCGACAACACGCUGCACGUGGGCGAUCAGUUCCUGAGCGCGGGGGCUAACGACUUCAGGGCGAGGAGCGUGGGUACGACGGCGUGGAUUGCGAGCCCGGCAGAGACGGUGGACCUGUUGGACGAGUUGGCUGAGUUGAUGGGGAAGAAGAUGUCUUGAUCUCCCAUUGAGAGUCGAGCUUGAGAGACACGUCACUAAGUGU